AUGUCACCAAUAGAGAAGAACCACAAGUCCGAGAAGUCCCAGAGGAUUAAUGUUUCGGCACCGAUUCCAUUGAAACAUCUGCUGCAUCCUAUUCCAAGGGUUGCAUCUCUGGAUCAAUUGCGACUCCAAGUUUAUGAACUGGACAAAGCAUUGAGGUCAUUGACACCUCUGACAAUGGGCCAAGUCCAAAGACAUAUCAAUAGAAGACCUUCUUAUGGAACAAUCGUUAAUAGCAGAGAAAGAUUCUACAAUUUAGACUAUCCCGAUAAUGCGGAUGAAUUGUCCAAAUUACAACUCGACCCCAAGUCAAGGUUUUAUGCCAGAUCGAGACCAAGAACAUUAGAUUUACCUAGAUUAUUACCUUAUAAAAUUGAGAGUCCUCAAGACCAAGCAAAGUUUUUGAGUCAUAUCAUCUCACAUCUUUACAUAGCAAUUAAAACUUUGGAUAUCCAAGGAUCAUUGAGUGUUAGUGCCAAAGACUUGGCUGCUUUAAAAGACGCCAUCUCAGAUGUCGACUUGGCAUUAGAGACUAAUUUGUUUGAAAUGAAUGAUGAUGACGAUGAUGAGAAUGGCGAUGAUGCCAUUCCGGAAGACUUUGAGACCAGUGAUGAUGAUGAAGACGAAGAUGAGGAGGAUGACGAAGAUGAAGAGGAUGAAGGGGAUAAGGAUGCAACUACUCAACAUAAGAAAUCACCAAAGUCAGCUGCCGUUGUAGGAGUGAAAACUUGGACACAUGAAUUGUUGGUGUGGUUAAAAAUGAAAUAUGAAAUGCCUGUUACUUUGAGAGCAAGUUUGGCUCGAGUAUAUUAUGCAAUUUGCCUUUGUCGUGGUCAACAUGUCAACCUUAAAACAUAUGUCAAGGUGUUUGAAUUGUUGACAAAAGAUCAAUUAUUAUUGUACAAUCUGGGUUUAAGAUUGCCAUGGGGUGAAUUAUUCAAGGAAUUAGAACACCACUUCCAUCCUCCAGACACCACUAUGAUUCCAUUUGAGAAAAAGGACCAUAAGCAAUUGGUGAAAUUAGCUUCUCGAGCUAAUUAUUUCUAUGAUAAGAAUUGUUUGCCUGAAAUUUACGAAAAGUUGGUUGCAUACUUUUCUGUUAGUAGUUCUGCAUUAACCAUGUCAUCAUUAGCAAUUUUACCUCCUUUCUUUACCCCUGGUGGAAUAGAAGAUGAAAAUGAUAUCCGUCAUUACUUGCAAUCUUUUUUUUACAUGUGGUUAAAGUUGAAUAAAACGAACGGCUUUGAUGUCCAAAUAAGUUCCAGAUUAGGUGUCAUAUCGAUGUCUGCAUUAUCUGUACUUAAUGAUAUACCAGAAGCCAGAAACUACUUGAAGUUAGGAAAAUUCGGACUUUAUACAGAAAGUCAGAUGGAAUUCAUGAUCAACACUCUUAUGAAUAGCUUGAACAUUAUGUUUGAGAAGUAUUCUUCAAUGAAAUUAAAGUAUUUCCAUGGGUUUGCAUCAGCUAUUGCUUUUUCAAUGAUUGGGGAUUCAGCACUCGAAGAUGGAGGUAUCGUAUACUAUUUAAGAACAUUGGUAAAUGCAAUUGAAAGUUAUAUCCAUCCUUCCAAUACUGGUGAUUGGACUAGACCAAUUUCAAAAUUGAUUUUGGCUUUAAUUUACCAAUUUCAUAAGAGAUUUAAUUCUGAAAACGAAAAAGAUGGGUUCUAUUAUAAUGUGCCACAAGAAUUUAAGCUUUCUCGAAAGGUAGUCAAAGAGUUUGUAUCUAUUUUCUUGCCAAUCGUCAAGAUUGGUAUUCAGGCAAAACAAGAAAAAGUGACAAGCGACUAUAUUUCUGCUUUGCAAUUGUUGGCAUUCUUGGAACCAGAAUAUGUACUUGAGAAUACACUUCUAGACAUUUACGAAUCAUUAGAAGGGGUCAUAUCAACUCACAGAGUUUCCACAGCACUUAAAACCAUUGAUACAUUAGCAAGAUUUCUUGUUUCCACUCCGGUUUACAGAGUACACGUUACUAGAAUAUUGCUGCUUGCUCUCCCCGGUAUUGAUUCAAACGAUUUGGACAAGACAAUGCAGACUAUUGAGGCGUUUACUUCAAUUUCGAAUUUUGCACCAAUUUAUGACUUGACAAAUGAGACAGGUGAUUCCACAUUGGCAUUGGAAUUCACCCAAGAACAUAUCGAAUAUUUAAAGAGAAAGAUUUACGAUGGUAAUAUGGAAGGCUUUCAAGUGGACAAGGAGUUGGAAAUUGAGGCUCUUAAAUCAUCAACUACUGCAUUCAAGGAGUUGAUCAAGGGAUUCACCCAACGCAUAACAGUAUUAUUAGAGAAUCUUCCAGAUCCAGAGAAAAGUACAGGUAUGGAACGUGGAUUGGCGAUUUCUUUACCAAAAUUCAUGUACAUUAUAUUUGAAUCUAUAUCAGAUGAUUUGUUUAAAAACUUUAAGGAUGAUUUCUUUGAUUUUGUUUUCAACAAUACAUAUCACAUGGUUGUCAAUACCGUUUCGGAAAUAUGUGGGGGGAUUGUUAAAAGAGAUCCAAGUUGUUUUAAGAAAAAUGCUCGUAUUUUAAUUGACAAAAUUAAAGAAGAAAUAGAAGAAAAUGAGGCAGGGGGCUAUAGAACUGGUGUUGAAAUUGCGCCUCGUGAUUAUGCUUUAUUUUGGAAUUUAACUAUCUUGGAUGAAAUGAUUGGCAAUGCUGGAAGCCAAAUUAUGGAAAUGUCUUCGGAGAUUUAUGACUUGUCAUUUUUCUUGAUGGAUAAAGUUAAAAGUCCUGCUGUGUUUGCUUCUACAUAUUUGGUCAACCAAGUUUUGCAAACUCUUACCAAGAUAAAGAUCAAAGAAUGCAGGUUGAUUUCACCUGAUUAUGAAAAGAAACAUGGUGUUACAGAAGAAUGCUGGGGUGGCUUCUGGAAUAAAGAAGAUAGAUUCUCCCCACCAAACACUUCAUUUGACUGGUUUAUUCCAUCCGAAAAGGAAGUUUCCUUUGCAAUUGAAUUUUUCAAUAGACAUGUGUCUAAAAGUUUGGAAAACUUGAUGAAAUUAAUGCAUGACUACGACAAAGAGAAGAAUACAGCAGUUCAAUCAUCUAUUGCAGUGCUUGAUGAUAUACGACUGAACUUAUUAUAUUUGGCAUAUUCAUUGAGUGGUGUCUCAGUUUUACUCGAUCCUACUUUUGAAGAGAAUAUUCCAAAAUUGAAUCAUGAAACUGAAUCUAUUCAGCAAAGGCUAUUACUUUUGAAACAAAUCAGGGCUCUCAGUGGCGUAUCUACCCAAAAGGAUGUCAUCUAUGAUGAAAAUACUCCUGAAAUUAUGGAAAAAAUCAUGAACGAUUUAAGUACUGAAGAUCUUGAUAUGAUUACCGACCUAGAACAAGUGAAUGAGGAAAUAAGUGAACAAAACGAUCAUCAUGAUUCUAAUGAUAAUCACAGCACUAAUGAUAGUGGGUCAAAAGAUGAUGACUCACCAGUUAAAAAGGCAGGUUCACCAAACAGAGAUUCUUUUACAAGGUUUGACCGUAAUACUUUCCCACUUAGCAGACCAGACUCGGUUGUACCAACUUAUGAUGAUUCUGGAAGGGAGACCCCACAAAUAAAUGGGGUCCAUAUGUCGAGUAUGAAUCCAGCCAUAACAUUUAGAGAAAAGAGUUUGUAUACUUCAAAUUACUUUUUUGGAACUGGCCAUAAAAAUAGAAUACAUGGCGAUUUAUAUAUCAGUAUACAUAAGACAAGAGAGUUGAUUGGUAAGAGUUUGCAUGUGAUCUAUAAAUUUUUGGUGUCAAAUUUCCCUGAUAACACCAAGAUUUUGAAAAAUUUUUUAUUUGUUGUUAGUAUUUGGUUUUCUGAUGUUGGUAGAGAAAGAAAUCUUGAUGCCAGUCAUUCCAAAAUCAACUAUACAUAUGUGAAUUACCUUCAAACUGUGAAUAGAAUAAGAAAACCAUUCACUAGAGUUGCUGUUGGAGCCAGAUUAGAAAUGUACCAUCUGUUCAGGUUGGCAUUACACGCAACAUCACGUACAGAAACAAAUUUGGAUAAAUUAUUGUUGGAAGAUGCUGUAAAACUUUCUGAAUCCACGUAUUCAAUUAUUGCCCGAAGUGCUCAAGGUAUUUUGGUUGAUGCAAUGAAGAGAUUAAACGGGGCAUACAAUUUGAUAGUAAAGUCAGCAUUUAAGCAUCUUUCGAAGGCUUUAGAUGCUGAUGACCACAAGAAGAUAGAAAGUGGGUUGAGUAUUUUUGCCAUCAAGAAAAUCAAGGGCAAGUUACAGAAUGAUUUCUUCAAUCUUCAAAAGUAUGUUGAUUUGUUACACCGUUCCUUGACAGUAGAUAAUCAAAAUGUUUACAAGAAAGCAUAUGCAUUAUUUUCCGGAGUUCGUAAAGGUAUAACUCCACCAAGCAGUGUUUGUAUACUUGAUGAAGCAUCAAUUGAUAUUAUCAGACCUCCUGAUGAAUUCAUAGAUUUGGAAAUUAAGGCAGUUAAAUUGGCCAAAGAGAACAAGAGAAAGGUCUAUUUUGAAAAAUUGGAAAAACUUCAAGAUAAAGUUUUAAGUGAUCAGGAUGGAAAUGGGCACUGGAAAAUUACAUUACUGAACUUAGAGUUGUUACUGAAUAUUCAAGCCUAUUUGGAAAUACCGACAAGAUUAGAUGUUUUGUUGUUGUUCCAUAAAGAAUCUGCUGCAGACCAUCCUUUAAUUUCCCGUAAAGCAUUGGAGGGUGUUGCACGAAUUAUCAACAAAUUGGUAAUUUCUAACAAGUAUCUGUAUGAUCUUGCCCUAAUGUAUGAUUUGAAUUUUAUUGUCCCAACAUUAGAAGUAGUUGAUACCAAGGCUAGAGAUGGGGUCUCAUACAAGGAAGCAUGGCAAAAGGAAUUGCACAAUACUGAAUUUGCAGAUUAUUAUGUUGAUGUCAAGCCAAGUUUAGGAUGGUUAUUCUGGAAAGAUUCAAUGUUAGCCGUGAGUCCAAGACCAUUUUAUAGAAUUGAUAUGAAUGCGUCAGAUUUGGAUACGAUAAAGACAUUUUCAGAGUUCAUAACCAAAGAUUGGUUUGUCAAGAUUGUCAGAUUAUGGGUAGCUGAUGGGGAGGCCAAUUCCACGUUUCAAAUGGCAGAUGUUUUCACAGUUGCCGCCCUAAUUGUAUUAAUAUCGAAUGGAUUUACACCAAAUUUUACAUUUGACGAUUUGUUGUCUGUUGUUGAUGAUAUCUAUGUACCAGAUGAAAAGAGUGCACAUAUUGUUGCAUGUGAACUUUUAGUUGGUAUUUUAUUUGGUACUAAAUACUUGGCUGCUGAAUUUUGGGAACGAAGAGAUGAAUUUGUUUGUAAAUAUUUGAAGAAAGUGUUGAAUGAUGAUUUGUCUCCAGAUACACAAGGAAUUUGGAAUGUUUUCUCAUAUUGGUUACCAAGUCAACUUGAUAUUAGAAGAUUUCCUAAAGUUUGGAGUGAAAUUCUUGAUUUCCAAUUAGAUCCAAAUUCUGAUUCUGCAUUCAAAGAUUCGACAAGAAUUAGUUACAUGAAGGGGGUUAUUGGAACUGUGUCAUGGAGACUUGCUGAUCCAGAUAAGUUCUUGGACUUUUGUUUAAAGAAUAUUAAUUACAAAUAUGCAUCUGUCAGAUCACAAAUUGGUAAUUUGAUGGCAGUAUUGUCGUUCAAUUAUUAUGUUGAAUCUAUUGCUGAUAGUAAACUUUUUAUUAAAGGCAGUAAUGAACAAAAGGGUUUGAUGUUAUAUGAGGAUAGAAACAAUUGCCGAGUUGUGGGCAUAGUUGAAGAUCUAUUCACUCAAAUUGAAACUUGGAGAAAAGAAGUUUCUCAUUUGACUCCACAGGAGAUUUUAAAGACGAAUUACAUUUAUACUGCUACCACAGUUUUGACUUGGUUGAGACAAGAAUUGAAUACAAACUUAUCCAUCAUGUUUGAGUCUCAUGUUUCAACACAUUUAGUUCCGUUCUUAUUAGAGUUGAUUAAUAUGCGUGAAGUUUGUCAAUUGGGAAAUAUUGAUCCAAUCACCGUGUUGAAGAAGGUGUCACAGAUUCCUUAUACAAGCGCAUACUUGGAGAAUACUAUCAAGAUGCUUGAAUAUUAUGCUGAAGUGGAAUUGAAUUUAGUACAAACAUUGGUGAUGGGAGAAUUUACUGAAACAGUUUAUUUUAAGAAUUUGUUCAAGUUGAAUAAAGACCAAAGACAGCGUGUAUUUAAUUUAUCAAACAAGUUGUUGUAUCAUAAACAUGUGGAGAUUAGGGAAUCAGCUGCUGACACUUUAUCAGGUUUGAUCCAUAUUUCACCAGUUGAAGAUGUGGAGAUGAUUGUGAGCCAAUAUAGCAAGCUUUAUUCUAAACAAUUGGACAAGGUUAGAAGUAAAUAUCGUAAAUCCGGUUACAAGAAUAUGGAUAGUGAAGAUAUCAUCAAGUUGCAUGGUGCUACUUUAGGUUUAGGUUCAUUGGUUCAUGCAUUUGCCUUUUCUUCUCCUCCACCAAAAUGGGUUCCAGGAAUUUUGGCCACUUUGGCAAAUAAAUCCACUGGUAUCCCUGGUAUAGUUGGUAAAACAGCUAAAGAAUCACUUGGUAAGUUUAAAAAGAAUAGACAAGACAGCUGGCAUAUUGAUAGUAAAGUGUUUACUGAAGACCAAAUGCAAGACCUUGAGGGUGUUCUUUGGAAGAGUUAUUUCAUAUAA